UGAUGAAGAUUUUUCUUUUCAGUUGCGUUUUGGGGAGACAUUGCGUUGGACGAGGAGGAUCUGCGGAUGUUUCAGAUCGACAGGACAAUAGACGUGACGCAACACACACACACUCUCACACACACUCACACACACUCCAGACAAGGACAAACGACUGACUAUAGGCCUAUGAACUCCAGUCAAGAAUCAGCCUCCGGUCCCAGGACCCAGACUGGGAAAACAGCUGCUGGAAGGACUGGGAAGGCUGGGAAAGCCGUAAAGAGUGGGAAUACUGUGAAGUCGGCUAGAUUCGGGAAAACAGAGAAUGCCUGGAGUGUUGUUGUGAAGAAUCGUGUUCCCAGAGCAGCAACCUCCCGAGCUGAGAGGAUCUGGCCAGGGGGAGUCAUACCUUACAUCAUAGGAGGAAACUUCACCGGCAGUCAAAGAGCGAUGUUCAAGCAGGCGAUGCGUCACUGGGAGAAACUGACCUGCGUGACCUUCAUAGAGAAGACUGAAGAAGAGAGUUACAUCGUCUUCACGUACAGACCCUGUGGCUGUUGCUCCUACGUGGGUCGUCGUGGUAAUGGUCCUCAGGCGAUAUCGAUAGGGAAGAACUGUGAUAAGUUUGGCAUCGUGGUUCAUGAGUUGGGUCACGUGAUCGGGUUCUGGCAUGAACACACCCGGCCCGACCGAGACGAUCACGUCACCAUCAUCAGAGACAACAUACAACCAGGUCAGGAGUAUAACUUCUUGAAGAUGGAACCAGGAGAGGUGAACUCGCUGGGAGAGCAUUAUGACUUCGACAGCAUCAUGCAUUAUGCUAGGAACACCUUCUCACGAGGUAUGUUUCUAGACACCAUCCUCCCAUCUAGAGAUGAGAAUGGGAUCCGUCCUGCCAUUGGACAGAGGACCCGACUCAGUAAAGGAGACAUCUCUCAGGCCAGGAAGCUCUACAGAUGCCCCGCGUGCGGGGAGACCCUACAGGAGUCGACAGGUAACUUCUCGUCGCCCGGUUACCCCAAUGGUUAUCCCUCGUACACACACUGUGUCUGGAGGGUCUCUGUCACGCCGGGAGAGAAGAUUGUUCUAAACUUUACCACUAUGGACCUGUAUAAGAGCUCUCUCUGUUGGUAUGACUACAUAGAAGUUAGAGAUGGAUACUGGAGGAAGGCCCCACUGCUAGGUAGGUUCUGUGGGGAUCAGGUUCCUGAGGGUCUGGUGUCGUCAGAGAGUCGGAUGUGGAUUGAGUUCCGAAGCAGCAGUAACUGGGUGGGAAAGGGAUUUACAGCUGUUUAUGAAGCUGUCUGUGGAGGAGAGAUCUUGAAGGAUCAGGGCCAGAUUCAGUCCCCUAACUAUCCUGAUGACUACCGUCCAUCUAAAGACUGUGUUUGGAGGAUCACCGUCUCAGAGGGGUACAACGUAGGACUCAGCUUCCAGGCCUUUGAGAUUGAGAGACAUGACAGCUGUGCCUACGACUACCUGGAGGUGCGUGACGGCCCGGCUGAAUCCAGCCCUCUGAUUGGUCGAUUCUGUGGGUACGACAGACCAGAGGACGUCCGCUCCACCUCACACAACCUCUGGAUGAAGUUCGUCUCCGACGGAACCGUCAACAAGGCCGGCUUCGCUGCCAACUUCUUCAAAGAGGAGGAUGAGUGUUCUAAGCCAGAUAACGGAGGCUGUGAACAGAGGUGUGUCAAUACGCUGGGCAGCUUCAAGUGUGCCUGCGACCCCGGGUACGAGCUGGCCCUGGACAAAAAGAGCUGCGAAGCUGCAUGUGGAGGUCUUCUGUCUAAGCUGAACGGAACCAUCUCCACUCCCGGCUGGCCCAAGGAGUACCCCCCUAAUAAGAACUGUGUGUGGCAGGUAGUUGCUCCAACCCAGUACAGAAUAUCAAUGCAGUUUGAAUCCUUCGAGCUGGAGGGCAACGAGGUGUGUAAGUAUGACUUUGUGGAGGUGCGUAGCGGCCUGUCGUCAGACAGUAAGCUGCACGGAAAAUACUGCGGUACGGAGGUUCCCGAGGUCAUCACAUCACAGUACAACAACAUGAGAAUAGAGUUCAAGUCUGACAACACCGUGUCCAAGAAGGGCUUCAAGGCUCACUUCUUCUCUGAUAAGGAUGAAUGCAGUAAGGAUAAUGGUGGCUGCCAACAUGACUGUAUAAACACGGUGGGGUCGUACGUCUGCCAGUGUCGACACGGAUUCAUACUGCAUGAGAACAAACAUGACUGUAAAGAAGCUGAGUGUAAGCAUAAGGUCCACAGCCCCAGCGGGACCAUGAACAGCCCCAACUGGCCUGAUAAAUAUCCCAGUAGGAAGGAAUGUACCUGGGACAUCACCACUACACCUGGACACAGAGUCAGACUGUCAUUUAAUGAAUUUGAGAUCGAGCAGCAUCAGGAGUGUGCCUAUGAUCACCUGGAGGCCUUUGACGGGGAGGGUGACUCAGCGGCCAUCUUGGGUCGGCUGUGUGGCAGUAAGAUUCCGGAACCGUUGGUCUCCACGGGUAACAAGAUGUACCUGCGUUUCAUCUCUGACGCCUCGGUUCAGAGGAAAGGAUUCCAGGCCACACACUCCACUGAGUGUGGAGGGAGGUUGAAGGCAGAGACUCGUCAGAAGAACCUUUACUCACACUCCCAGUUUGGAGAUAACAACUACCCUGGCCAUACGGACUGUGAGUGGUUGGUGACGUCAGAGGAGGGUUACGGUAUAGAGUUGACCUUUACGACCUUCGAGGUGGAGGAGGAGGCGGACUGUGGUUAUGACUACAUAGAGCUGUACGAUGGUUAUGACUCUAACUCACACAGACUGGGACGGUUCUGUGGUUCUGGGCCCAGAGAGGAGAUCUACUCCGCGGGUGACGCGGUGUUGAUCCGUUUCCAUAGCGACGACACCAUCAGUAAGAAGGGGUUCCACAUCCGCUACAUCAGCACCCAGUUCCAGCAGAACCUUCACACCAGGAAGUGAUGUCACAACACCCCGACCCCUAGCCUCACUGUGCCGACAAGACAACCACAGGCCCCUUUUCUCCUCUGACUGACAGGCGCCAAAUACACACACACACACACAAACACACACACACACACAAACACACACACACACACAAACACACACACACACACACUGUUUUGAAGAGAGGAGUGAGUGUGGGUGAGAACCAGAGGAGAGAGGGGGAGGACUGAUCAGUCCGUCUCUUAACAGGGGAGCUUCUAGAACUCUGAGGACUACAUGUGAAGAGAGACUGGAUCACAGCUUCACACUGUAACAGGAUUAAUGGAACUGUUUUAAGGACGGGAACUGGAUUAAAUACUGAAACUGGAUUAAAUACUGAAACUGGAUUAAAUACUGAAACUGGAUUAAAUACUGAAACUGGAUUAAAUACUGAAACUGGAUUAAAUACUGAAACUGGAUUAAAUACGGAAACUGGAUUCAACACUGAAACUGGAUUAAAUACUGAAACUGGAUUAAAUACUGAAACUGGAUUAAAUACGGAAACUGGAUUAAAUUCUGAAACUGGAUUAAAUACUGAAACUGGAUUAAAUACUGAAACAGUCUUAAAUACUGAAACUGGAUUAAAUACUGAAACUGGAUUAAAUACUGAAACUGGAUUAAAUUCUGAAACUGGAGUGUGAACAGGAACUGGAUUUAAUACUGGAACUGGAGUGACUAACUAACUGACUGGCUGUUUGGCUGACUGAGUCGCUGACUAUUUGACUGAGUGACUGGCUGACUAUUUUACUGGCUAACUGACUGACUGUCUGAUUGGCUGGUUGACUGAUUGACUGGCUGACUGACUGUCUGAUUGGCUGGUUGACUGAUUGACUGGCUGACUGACUGUCUGAUUGGCUGGUUGACUGAUUGACUGGCUGACUGACUGUCUGACUGACUGUCUGAUUGGCUGGUUGACUGAUUGACUGGCUGACUGACUGUCUGAUUGACUGGCUGACUGACUGUCUGAUUGGCUGGCUGACUGUUUUACUGGCUGUUUGGCAGGCUGACUGACUGGCUAACUGAUUCACUGAUGGACUGGCUGACUGACUGACUGACUGGCUGACUGACUGAGAGAAGCAUGAGGUAACGCUGAGGCAACAUUAUACAAACUGAGAGACAACAUCCUGAUAACUUUCUGACAACUUCCUGUUCAGACAAUGUUCAGACAACGUUUCAAACAAACCUCAUACAAACCGAGAGACGACCUUCAGACAACGGCCAGACAACUUACGGUGCUGACAACGUUCUGACCAUUUUUGAGGUUUGACAAUGUCCUGACAGAAAACAUUCUGACAACGUUCAGACAAACUUUAUACAAACUGAGAGACAAUGUCUUUCUGACAACGUUCUGACAACGUUCUUCUGAAAACGUCCUGACAACGUUGGGUUUUGACAGCACUUAUAUUGCCUUAGAACCAAAUGUACGUUCUUGAGUCUCUCUAACAUUAGUUGUUAUUUGUUUGUUUGUUUGAAUAAUUUGAUUUGACAAUGAGUUUGCAGAACUUGAAAGAUUUAUUGUUAAAUAAGACAAAAGAGGAAACUGGUCAGGUGUGUGUGUGAGUGUGUGUGUGUGUGUGUGUGUGUGUGUGUGUGUGUGUGUGUAAAGAGUUGUCUCAUGUAUUGUAUGUGCCAAGCUCCUGGUGAUCCUGUCCCUCUGUUGGAUCUGUCUAGACCUCUCUCCUCCAUGUUUGUAGUUCUGUUCUAUCAUAUCUCCUCCAUGUUUGUAGUUCUAAGGAACAACAAUGGCUUCCUCUCUAUGCUGAGUCAUUAAAACUACACACAGGUAAAAGAUAA